AAUAAUUCAAUGCAGCAAAUCCAGGCCAUUAACUCCCAGCUUGCACAGGCACAGCCAUCCCAUCUGGGUCCUCAACAGGUUCCUGCCGAACAUAUGUUGAUGAGCAGAAACUCAACAGGUUUGGUUAGGCCUAGUCAACAGUACCCGGGACAAAUGUUACAUAGUCCAGGUACAGCCGUGCAAAUUGUUCCUGGACAGUCAUUUACAAGUUCUGGAGGUCAAGUCAUUUUGAACCAUGGACCAUCUCAAAGUGUGGGAGGGCAGAUGGCGCAGCUGUCUCCUACACUACUGCAUUUGUCUCCUGGUCAAAGCACCACCAUUCUAGGAAGAUCAGGCAUAUCAUCAGCACCAUCUGGUUGCUCAAAUAUGCCAUCUGGAAACCGCUUCACUAUUGUAAGUUCUGGAGCUGGACUUCAGCGAACAGGAGCAGGAUUUCCAAGAGGAUCAGACAGUUACAUAACAGAGCAGGAACAGAACAGAGCACAAACUGCAAUGAAUGAAACUCAUCUUCAGUCCUCCAGUGCUAAAACCAGCAGCAGUUUAAGUCCCAAAACAGCUUCCCAGCAGGCAUUUUCUCUUAACCAGACUGCAAAAAAACUCGCCAAUCCCCUCUCUCCAGUUUCAUGUCUGAAAAACCAGGAGAGACAAUCUCACACACACAUUGCUUCCCUGACAGAGCCUAACUCUGGAAGUAAACAAAUACAACAUCAUUUAUCACAGCUACAGAAUGUUAAGGUUGAAGGGCAUCACAGAGGACUGAAGAGGAUGUCCACCAAACAACUCACAAAAGAAACUCUAAUUCUUCAGCAGGUGCAUAGAGACCAAGAACAUGCUCUGGACCCCAAUAAGAGCCCAUUCCAGUCACUGGGUGAUGCUGUCCAGAGGCUUCUCCCAUACCAUGUGUUUCAGGGAUCACUGCCCACCAAUGAUGACAUGCAGAAAGUGGACAACGAAUUUGAAGCUAUGGCCACACAUUUCUUAAAGAAGACCCAAGCAAUGCUAAACAAAUACCGUUUGCUGCUAAUGGAAGAUGCGAAGCGCAUCACUCCUUCUGCAGAGAUGGUGAUGCUGGACAGAAUAUUUAACCAGGAAGAGAGAGCCGCUCUGACACGUGAGAAACGAACAGCACUGGUUGAUCCUGAUGGGUACCUUACAGAAUUCUGUUGCUAUAGCAAAUUUCACGAAGAUCUUUCAGAGGAAAAGCAGCUCAGCAAUCAUGACCUGGAGGCAGAGCCAACCAGUGGUGGUUCCUCUCCAAUGGACAGUAAUAUGAAAGAUCAGACAGAUUCAAGCUCGCUUAAGAUUCCAGAUACCCCAAGUUUAGUGCCUACUGACAGUUUACUGGAACUUAAAUGUCAAAAUUCUCCUGAGGAAAAUGAAGGCCUUAAACAAGAUUCUGUGUUGAAGAACGUAAAGUUUUCCCCUACAAAAGAACUCAUUGUAAAUCUUUGCAAACUAAAGGGUAAGUACACCUCUUGUCCUUCAGAUAACUACACGUCAUGUAAAGCCUCAAAAGAAAGUGCUGCUGUAUACUCCGCUCCAAAGCCCAUUCCUGUUCCUGGAUCAAUAAUGGACCCCGACGAUGCAGAAAGCCCCCAGUGCAAAACUGCAGGACCCUCUCUAGAAACCACAGACAAGCAAACUAACAUUAUGGUAAACAGCAAAAGCAUAAUGAGUAGCGAGACUGUGAAAGCAACGGUCAGAAACGUUCUAGAACUUAAACUUAGCGCAAAGCACUUGAAAAGCGAGGUCUCCAGUAGCACUUCCGCAGAAACGGAACUCCUAAAAUGCUCCGAAGAUCAUGGCAUGGACAAGCCAGUUUCCCAUAGUAGAGAAGGGGCAGCAGAAACUGAUUCAGUUUUAGAAGCAGCUGUAAAUAGUAUUUUAGAUUGCUAA